AUGUCUCUGCUCGUGGAUGUCCCGCUUCAAAUUCUUCUUGCUGCCGUCUCAGCUACUCUAAUCGGUUGUAUUUUGCUCUAUGUGACCCGCUUUACAUCCGCGGAUGACCUCCCUCCGGGCCCUCGUCCUCUUCCGUUGAUAGGGAAUGCCCAUCAGUUCCCGAUGAAAGAUGUAGAGCGAACAUUUGCAGGUUGGAGUGAUCAAUACGGAGACAUUAUAUUCCUCAGAAUAUUCACGCGUCCGAUGUUGAUCGUCAAUUCUACAACAGCUGCGCGAGAUCUUCUGGAGAAACGAAGCGCAAAGUCUUCCGAUCGGCCAUCGUCAGUCCUCAUGACGGAUUUGUUCGGAUGGGGCAACGUGAUCGCGACCUUGCCGAUGGGCGAACGACUUAACAAACAUCGACGAUGGAUCCAUUCUACAUUCUUUACCGAAGGCUCGCUCAGUCAGUUCGCGUCAGCUCAGUCAAGAGAGACCCGAACCCUUAUUGGAGGACUCUUGCGUACACCGGAGCGACAUGCAGCUCACGUUCACAGACUCGCGUCAUCCCUCGUCCUGGAAGCCCUCUACGGGCACACUAUCACAUCCGAGGACGACGAAUACCUCACUUACGCUGAACAGGCACUGAUAGGCACAGCGGAAGCAGCAGCACCUGGUGCUGCGAUUGUAGAUUUCCUUCCUUUUCUGCGCCAUGUCCCCGCAUGGUUUCCAGGCGCGGAAUUCAAGAGACGGGCAAUUAAGACAAAGGCUGCAGUGCAUCUCGCGCAUACGAAGCCAUAUGAGCUAGUUGAGAGACUCAUGGCCUCAGGAGACGAGAAGCCGUCGCUAGUUAGGUCUCUUAUUGAGCAGUAUACAGCGAAGGGUACGUUGGCUGCAGAACGGGAUGACAUCAUGAACGUCGGAGCAAUAACCUAUGUCGCUGCAAUUGACACCACACAAUCGGUGUUGCUGAACUUCAUCCUAGCUAUGGUCCUUCAUCCUGAGGUAUUUGUCAAAGCUCAAGAGGAAAUCGACCGCGUCAUUGGCAAUGAUCGCUUGCCAGAGCCGAGCGACAGGGAGUCGCUACCAUACCUUGAGUGCAUCCUUAGAGAGGUUUAUCGGUGGAAUCCCCCUGGACCUCUAGGUCUUCCCCAUGUACUUAGUGAAGAAGACACGUACAGAGGAUACCGCCUUCCGAAGGGUUGCAUGAUUCUCGCGAACCUCUGGUUCAUGACCCAUAAUGCGGAGCUCUACCCCGAUCCGGAGUCGUUCCGCCCGGAACGUUUCUGGGGCCUAUCUGAGGAGAAGUUAGAGGAGUUGUGUCCUCGCAACGUCAUCUUUGGCUACGGCAGGCGGAUUUGUCCGGGUCGCCGCUUCGCUGACAGGAGCAUCUGGCUGGCCAUGGCCGCUAUGAUCGCUACUUUGGACAUACGGAAAGCACGCGAUGCGUCAGGCGAGGAGAUAACUCCCCGGAUGGCCUUCACGUCUGGUUCAGUAACAAGCCACGCCGAGGACUUUGUGUGCUCCAUCUCGCCGCGCGCCGCAGCCACGAGUCUAAUAGCCAGUAUUGCUACAUCGGUGACACCCUGA